AUGCAACUGCUAUACAAUGACAACCCACGUCCCAAGAACGAGUACCGUGGAUUUCGUGCUGCAUCAUCAUCACAGAUUCUCCCUGAUAACUGUGGGGUUUUGAUGGCCAAAAUGAACAAUGGUCUUAACGGACUCGAGGUCGCAUACUACAAUGCUCCAACGAUCGAUAGUCAUCUAAAAGGAAAAGCUUCCCGUAGAGGCAAAGAGACUUCCGGCCGAGAUCGUUUCGCCAUGACUAGAAGCCCCAAACCUACAACACCAGAAGCAAUCAUUGAUGAUAGUCGGUCUUCCUCGAGACACACUCAAUUCCCACAGAGUCAUGGUACACAGGAGAGCACUGUGAGGUGGAUCAACCAGAUUGGACACACCAGAGGAUCCGAUGACAUGGAUACACAACUGCUUUCGAAUCACGCAAGCCAGUCAACCACCUUUGGAAAGCAUACAACGCUUCCUGAGCCAAAAGAACUUGAUUAUAUGGACAUUGAGGAAGAAUCAGAAGAAGGAGAAGCGGUGCGCUGUGAGUGUACCAACUAUGAUGACCGUGAAAAUUUGUGUGAAAAAUGUAGAAAUUUCUGUCACAGCCAGUGCUACGGUUACAACAAGGAAAGUGUCGGUGCAAACUUCGAAUGUUAUGAAUGUCUCUUGGCAGAAUCGGAGCAAGGUAUUCUUUUUGAGAAAAUGUAUCCUCUUUGCACUCGCAGACGCAUGGUUUAUUACCUCAAAAAUAACGGCUUCAAUGAUAUGGAAGGUCUUUGCCAGUACAUGAGUAAGGAUACUCCAGCAAAUGUCCGUACAGCAUUAACCAUCGUUCUAGAUUUGACCUACAAGGAGACACAGGCUUUGGUAGAGGCUUUGAAAACAGAAGGAAUCAUCAAGAGAUGUACCGGGUAUUCCAAGGAGCCAUUCCAAUUUUCCAAUCUUAAGAGACUUCUGGGUGAAUUGUUUGAUCCAUCAAAGCAUAUCUCUCAUACCAAGCUUUUUGUAUCAGCAGCAGCAUCGAAAGUCAACUUACCCCAAAAAUCUCAAGCCCAGGUCCAAGCCCAGCUUACGCCACUCGCUCGGCGUCUCGUACCAUCUGAUGGUCCAACUCGCGGCGGCUUGCGUAGUGAAGGAAGUAGUACUCAGACCCCGAGCUCAUGGAGAAGCUUGCAUGACGAGACCUUGCGCAGAUCACCACGAGUACCUACUCAAUCGACCCCUCAACAAUCUAACAAACGUGCUGGUGACGAAAUUUCCGAGAAUGCAUCCAAGAAGAGACGUGCUGCUCUAGAUGCAACUAGUCCUUUCAGCGUCAGAUCAAAUAGUUUGCAUUAG